AUGGCGGCUGUUUUGAGCAGUGUUUACAUUUUCGCCGUCAAUUUGUUGUUAACUCUCGUCACGAGCAAGUCAAUUUACGAAGAAAGAUAUCACGACCAGUAUAUUGACCACUUUAACUAUGCGAGCAAUCGUAAUCAGACUUUUAAACAACGGUAUUUGAUAAACGGCUCAAUCUUCUCAAUGAGGACAAUGUUUUAUAUUCAACCCUACAGUUAUGGUGGCAUGUUAAGUGCAUAUAUGAGAUUUAAAUAUCCUAAUCUUGUUAAUGGUGCCAUUGCUUCCAGUGCACCUAUCUACCUUGUAUCCAACCAGUCUUCUAGAGACUUCUUCUUCCAAGAUGUUACAAAGGAUUUUUCUCUUGCCAAUAAGCAGUGUCCAUCUGGUGUAAAACAAGGAUUCCAAAGAAUUGAAGAUCUAGUUAACUCUGGUCCUUCCGGUCUGUAUUACAAUGGCACUAAAGGUUCCUUAAAAUGUUUUGAUGUUGACACUGAAUUUGUAGAAUGUGCUGACCCUACAGGAUGUGGAGUAGGCCCUGAUAGCAUGGCAUGGGAUUACCAGGCGUGUACAGAGAGCAUGAUGCCUGCUGGCAGUAAUGGGAAAACUGAUAUGUUUCCUGAUUUGCCAUUCACUUUAAAAAUGAGAGAUGAAUACUGUGAAAAGAAAUGGAAUAUUGUACCACGGAAUGAUUGGUUAAAUGUCCACCUUUGGGGAAAAGAUAUAUUAACUGCAAGUAAUAUUGUGUUUGCUAAUGGUAGUUUGGAUCCCUGGAGGAGAGGUGGUGUACUGUCUUCACUAUCUGACUCAUUGAUUGCUAUUCUAAUUGAUGGUGGUGCCCAUCACUUAGAUCUGAGAGAAGCCAAUCCUUUAGAUCCUCGAUCUGUGAUUCAUGCUCGACAGGAAGAAGUAAAAUACAUACAGAAGUGGAUUGAACAAUUCCAAUAACAGUUUAUGUUGUUAUGCAACACCAAAUAAUUACGAAAUAUGGAAUAAUACACGGUUUAAUACUCUUCAUAUUGUUGUUACAAUUAAGUUUUUUAAAACAAAUUAUUUGUGGUCACUGCCAUUGCUGAGUUGAGUUGAGAUUAGUUGAUAGGGACACUAUUUUAUAUCAUGGCCAAAAUGAAUAACUUGAUUUAUAGUUUUUGAUGAAAGUAACUACAUAUUAAAAAACUUCGAUAUAAAUUGUAAAUUGCAUUGAAUUAUUUCAUCUCCAGGGGGUAUAUUCUUCAGAACAAAUUAACUUUCCACAUAAAUUUGAACAGGUACAUUAAACCAUGAGUAAUUUAAUGAUUUAAGAGUGUAAACAGAUAAUGUAUCAUGAACCAGUUUCUGAACAAAUGCAAAUACUGAUUUAAUAAAUUUGAUA